AUGCGGCAGAGCACAGCAGACCUCCAGAAGCAGGGGCUUGUGUGCUUUUACAACGCUCAGCUGGUGGCCUAGGUGGACAUUGCAUUCCUCUGCUGCCUGCCACCACACGUGCCAUCCAUCUGCUCCAUUGUUUGACCUGCCAUCCAGAAACCCUGCGUUGUGUACAGCCUUGUCACCACUGUCCCUCUCCUCAGUGCCGUCGUGAGGCCGCGGUACCGGGGCCCCGGCCGGGAGGCUCCCGAGAAAAUAAGAGUCAAUGCUGAAUGGCUGGUGGCCAUUUCCUACAGAACCCUGAAGAGCAGCACAUGGCAGAGCCCGCCUCACCAGAAGGCACUGAAAUUACUCAAUGAUGACCUCUGUUUUCCUGAAUGCUGCCCCACCUGUGCAGAGCAGAAAACUUCCUGCCCAUGAUCUGUGUGCAAGAGUUUUGACAGCAGAAGUUUUGCCACUUCAGUGACACAAGAAGAAACCUUCCCCUGGUUUGACCUUACAGCUGCAUAACUGAGAGAGUUUCCCUUUAGCCAGCUGCUAGAAAAGAGUGAGCUUGUCUGAUGCCAUUUUGCUGUGUUAUACUGGGCAUCCUUUGGAGACUGGCCUACAAAGGAAUGGGGGCUGAUCAGCACCAAGGCAGCUCUUACUUCAGCUGUAGUUGAGCCUGGUGUGACAUUGGAUGACAAGUCGCCAUUCUCCACAGCUGCUUCCAACAUUUUCUCAGAAAUUCCCGCGGAAACUGCUGACUAUGUUUCUAAAUCCUCAUAA